AUGGACAUCACAGUGCAUCAUCAAGGCGCGCCGCAUGUCUUCCAAGUUUCCGACUCAGCGACGUUGCAAGACCUUUCCACCCAAAUAUACGAAACGCUCAACAUUCCAUCAGAGAAUCAAAAGCUCCUUAUUGCUCCCAAGCCCGGCAUGCAAAAGGCACCGUUCUCUUCAACUCCGCUGUCCUCUCUACUACCACUGAAUUCACCAAAGUUCAAAAUCACCCUGCUGGGAUCUCCAGCCAAAGCCGUCGCCGACCUCCACUCGCAAUCCGAAUCAAUACGCAAACGACAGGAGGCUCGAGCCUCUGCACUCGCCGCUGCCCGACGUUCAAACAACAAGCCAUCCGCUUCCUCUCGCCCCAGCGGGAUUCACACCCUCUCCUCCUCCCCCUCCAACUCCUCCUACACCUUCCACCGCCUCCUCCCACUCCCUUACCUCCCCCGUCCCGAACGCUCUCUUCAAUUCCUUACCCGCCUCCGCGACGACCCAGGCAUUCGCGCCGCCAUGAUCAAACACAAAUUCUCCGUCCCUCUCCUCACAGAAAUGAAUCCCGCCGAACACACCACCUCCGAGUCGCGCACUCUCGGCCUAAACCGUAACAAAGGUGAGGUCAUCGAGCUGCGUCUCCGCACAGACGCCUACGACGGCUACCGCGACUACCGCACCAUCCGCAAGACGCUCUGUCAUGAACUGGCGCACUGCGUGUUUGGUCCGCAUGAUCGCGAUUUCUGGGACUUGACGGCGCAAAUUGAGCGGGAGGUGGAGCAGGCGGACUGGAAGAUGGGAGGUAGGAGGCUGACAGAGGAGGACUUUUAUGAUCCGGGGGAUUGGGAGAGAGUCAGAGGUGGGGAGGAGGUUAUUGAUGAGCAGGGGUGGACGGGAGGGGAGUUUGUCCUGGGCGGGCUGGUGAAUAAUGGGGAUCGUUCUUUGACGAGGAGGGAGGUCAUGGCGAAAGCCGCGGAGGAGAGGAUGAGGAAGCCGGAUUUGAAUAAGACGGGGGAGGAUGCCUGA